AUGCCAGCCCCAGGCUGGAAGCAGGCGGGGCCAGAGAGCUGGGCGUGCCACAAGUGGUACUUGCUGAAGCUCUUGACCUCUCUGUUUGGCCUUGUCUUUCUGCGCUGGCUUGCGGCAUCUCUGGGUGAGGUAGUGGCGCCAGCGCUCUGCGCCCUCACAACGGGAGCCGCCCUGGUGCUUUGGCACUGGGCGGAUCAGAUGAUUCAGCAGCAGAGACAAUUGGAGACCACCAAGGGCUGGAAGAACGGCAUGGUCUGCCUGCACCGCAGCAUUGGAGGAGUGGAGCUGGAGCUCAGCAUUGAGGAGGCGCUGGGCUUGUCGAGCGCCCUUGCCCAGCUAGCGCCAGCAUUUUUCUUCGAGAACUGGGGCCUGCAUGGAAGCUUCCAAUACAGAUGGGUGGCAGUGAUUGCCCAUCUUGCCUCGGCGCUGCUCGUCACCCUGAGGGUCCGGAAGCACGUGCUGCCGGGCAAUGCGCACAUGCAGGUGGAAGUCUGGCUGGGCCUCGCUGCUGGGAACUGGGUGGCCUCCUCCUGGGCUGCAGGCACCUGGUGGGGUGUGGCCUGCACCCAGGCGCGUCUGCCAGCUCUAGCCCUUGCGUCUGCACAGCUCAUCAACUUCUGGUUGGUGCACAGCUCAGGGCAGCCGCAGCUACUUGCUGCAUGCGUUGCGCUGGGCGGCUUGUCCAUGGCUGGAUGCUGUAGCGGGCCCGCCGGAGUCGCGCUUGAUGCAGAGGAGGCACCAGCCCUGUUAACCCCGACCAUCUACAUCACAUUUUGCGUCGUGAGCGCCUUACUCCUUUUCCAGGAGCUCUUCAUGUCGUUGUGA